UAUGAGUGCCCCAUCAAGUCGUAGCACGGUCCUGCCUCGUUUCUCUACAUUCCUGCCAAGCCAUCUAAAGACUACAGCAGAAGGGGCUGACCACAACACCCAGCCGCAGCCAUGAAUGGUACAGAGGGACCGUUCUUCUACGUGCCUAUGUCCAAUGAGACUGGCGUUGUUAGGAGCCCGUACGAUUAUCCCCAGUACUACCUGGCGGAACCAUGGGCGUUUGCCUGCCUGGCUGCUUACAUGUUCUUCCUCAUUAUCACCGGCUUCCCCAUCAAUUUCCUCACUCUGUAUGUCACCCUCGAGCACAAGAAGCUGCGUACACCCCUCAACUACAGUCUGCUGAACCUCGCCGUUGCCGACCUCUUCAUGGUGUUCGGUGGCUUCACCACAACGAUGUACACCUCGUUGCAUGGCUACUUCGUGUUCGGACGCCUCGGCUGCAACCUCGAAGGCUUCUUCGCGACCCUGGGUGGUGAAAUGGCACUCUGGUCCAUUGUCACGCUGGCCAUCGAGAGGUGGCUCGUCGUCUGUAAGCCCAUCAGCAACUUCCGCUUCGGGGAGAACCACGCCAUCAUCGGCGUCGUCUUCACAUGGUGCAUGGCCUGCUCCUGCGCCGUGCCUCCCCUACUCGGCUGGUCCCGUUACAUCCCCGAGGGCAUGCAGUGCUCAUGCGGAAUCGACUAUUACACUCGUGCCGAGGGCUUCAACAACGAGUCCUUCGUCAUCUACAUGUUUCUUGUCCAUGCCCUCAUUCCCUUCGUUGUGAUCUUCUUCUGCUAUGGUCGUCUCGUCUGCGCCGUCAAAGAUGCCGCUGCCCAGCAGCAGGAGUCCGAGACCACGCAGAGGGCUGAGCGCGAGGUCACCCGCAUGGUCAUCCUCAUGGGCUUCGCCUACUUGAUUUGUUGGACCCCCUAUGCCAGUACGGCCUGGUACAUCUUCACCCACAAGGGAAGCAGUUUUGGGCCUAUCUUCAUGACAAUACCAGCUUUCUUUGCCAAGACCUCUGCCGUCUACAACCCGGUCAUCUACAUCUGCAUGAACAAGCAGUUCCGUCACUGCAUGAUCACCACCCUGUGCUGCGGCAAGAACCCCUUCGAGGAGGAAGAGGGCGCCUCCACUACCGCGUCCAAGACCGAGGCUUCGUCCGUGUCUUCCGUGGCCCCGGCGUAAACACGUGCACACGACACACUCUAAGCAGCGACGUGCACUGGGCAUCGACGGCGACCGACACAGAGACCACGAAGUGUUCAGCCCAGGGAAACGAGCGACCGCUACCACUUGCAGAAAAAAAUUGUCUGUCAGUUUUCCUUUUUGUAUUUUUACAAAACCCAAUUGGUUCAACCAAAAGACAGUUUUGAGAGAGGACAGACCAUGUCCCAGUUUCAGUACAUCCAGCGAGUCCAGCGUAAUGGUGCAUAAGAUUCUUUUUGUUUUUCUUCCUAAAAUGCUGCAAAAGGAAAAAUAUCUUAACUCUCUUACUGUUGGACUCCUUAUACUGGCUUUGUUGUGAUUGUAGAGGCAUGUAUUCAAGGCAACGUAACAAUAAAAAGCACUUUGCAAAUGAAA